AUGAAUCUUUUUGAAGAUUACUACACACUAAGCUUAACUUUAAUGGGUUUGCUGUUUACUUACAUUUGUUUUUAAUCUAUAAUAGAGCAUAAAAAAAUCCAUGUCCUUCACGAAACUGGAUUCGGGAUUAUCGUAGGAUUCGUGUUGGGAUUAAUAAUGAAAGCAUUUGGUCAUUCUAUAUCAUUUUCAGGAUAGAAUUUCUUUUAAAUCAUGCUACCUCCAAUCAUAUUUUCUGCGGGAUACAAUUUAAAGAAAAGGAAGUUUUUCUCCAACAUUUUUUACAUAUCCCUCUAUGCAAUUUUAGGUACAUUGAUAAAUUUUAUUAUCACUUUGCUCAUAACUGAUGGGUUUCUUAAAGCAGGGUUAAUUGUGGACCUAAAUAACGAUCCUGUUAACUUAAGCACCUAAGAUAUUUUAUAUUUUAGUGCUACAAUGUGCGCCUCAGAUGCAAUUGCCGCUCUAACUCUAAUUAACAGUGUAGCAUAUCCUAAAUUAUUUAGCGUUGUAUUUGGAGAAGGUUUACUUAACGAUGCAGUUGCUAUCAUAUUAUUCAAUUCAGUAGGUACAAUAGUUAACAAAUAAGGAGAGGUCAAUUUAGAAGCUUCUACUUUUGGCAAUCUAUGUUUAUUUUUCCUCAAAAAUUGUUUUCUAUCAAUAUUUAUAGGAAUAGUUGUAGGUUUAUUAGCAACAUAUUUUACUAAAGUAUUCCGCCCUCUUGUAAAAGAUCCUAUUAAAAUUAAUGUAUUCAUAUUAAUUGUUGGAUAUUCUUCGUAUUGCAUAGGUGAAAUUGCUGAAGUUUCAAGUGUUAUUGCAAUGUUAACUUCAGGUAUUGUUAUGAACCAUUAUAUGAAGUAUAAUUUCGAAGAAGAUGGAUUAAAAUCUACUGUUGUUACUGUUGGAACUUUAUCUUAAGUAGCAGAAUCAAUAUUAUUUAUUUAUCUAGGUAUUUCUUCAUGGACUUAUAUUAGUGACAAAGCAAAAGUCUCUUUUUCAUUUAUUGGGCUAAGUUUUAUAAUUACUAUUGUAGCACGUCUAGGAUGUAUAUACUUUACUUCAGCUAUUGCUUGUCUUUUCAUGGGGAAAAAAUGGGAUUUAAAUAAAUAUGAGCUCUUUAUUAUUUGGUUUGCUGGUUUAAUUAGAGGUGCUGUAGCCUUCGCUCUUAUUAUAACUAUACAAAAUUCACUUAAUCCAGUAAUUACUAGCACCAUUUUGUUUAUUGUUUUCUUUACAACUGUGUUCUUAGGAGGAUUUAUGUCAUCAUUUAUCAAGUAUUUUACAGGAUUAAUGAGUAAGUCACCUGAAGUUUAAGAAAGAAACAAGAAAAAUUAAGAACUUGCAAAUGAAAAAAAAUUAAAAUCCAAAAAGAAAGUUUCGAAACUAAAAAAUCUCGAAGAAGGAUUCUUAAAACCUUUCUUAAUUUACGAUUAUCUAAAUAGAAAAAAAUCUAUUCAAGAAGAAAAAAAGAAAAAGUUGUUAGAAGAAAUGGAAAUGUACGAGUUUGAGAAGAGACAAAGUUUUGAAAGCUCCAAAAGCAAUGUCAGUUCUAGAAAUGAAUCUUAAAGCAGCGAGCUAAACCAAACUCAAAACAAUAUUCUUAAUCACUUAAUAUAUAAUAAUUAAUCUUAAGAUUAUAUCAUAAAAUAUAAUAAUAAUAUUGUGUAUUCAAGUGAAUUAAAAAAUAAAGAGUCAGAUUAGUAAUAAAACUGUGAUGGAGUUGAAAAAUAAGAUUAAAUGUGA